GCAGGGGCAGAGCAGGGGUGCUGUUGCUGGGGUGGGGCCGUGCCCCGUACCCACCUGAGUCUCUGAGCAGCUCUACCCCAGCCCCGGGUAGUGGAGGCAGCUACGGAGGCCCAGGACGACCUGCAGCCACCCUUCAACUUGGAAGAGGGUGCUGCCUGCACGCCCCACCCUCCACCACCCGCUAGUCUUGGGUGUCACCCGGGUGCGGCUGUGCGGGUGCGAGGUGAGACCGCAGGGAGCUGAGAUCCCCAGACUGCGAACAGUGACGGGGAGGGGGAGGGAGCUGGCCUGCUGGGCCCCCGACGCACCUGCUCCGUCCGCUUCCAGGCGCGAGGUGGGCGCAGGCCCUGGAGACCAGGGUGCGAUUGCGUUGCCGCGGCGCCCCCUGCUCCCCGCCUCUCCCUCCCCCGUCCCCGCGCGGGAGGAGGGCGGGGCCGGGCGGGGUGGAGCUCACAGCCCCGCAGGGGGAGCUGCCGGCGGACAGAGGACGCGGGGGACACCAAGUUGGGCGGGCCCGGGCCCCGGAGCGGGGACACGGAGGGAGUCUAGAGUCCGCUGGCUGCGCCAUGGAGCUCAGGGGUCUCGGGGUGCCGGCGCCGGCGCCGCCGUUGCCACUGCUACUGCUGCUGCUGCUGCUGGGGGUCGGCCUGCUGCCGGGGAGUGGCUAUGCGGAGCCCCGGGUGCACGCAGAGGAGAGGCUGCUACGGAAGCUCUUCUCUGGUUACAAUAAGUGGUCCCGGCCCGUGGCCAACAUCUCUGACGUGGUCCUUGUCCACUUCGGCCUGUCCAUCGCCCAGCUCAUCGACGUGGACGAGAAGAACCAAAUGAUGACCACCAACGUGUGGGUCAAGCAGGAGUGGCAUGAUUAUAAGCUGCGCUGGGACCCCAGAGACUAUGAGAACGUCACUUCCAUGCGCAUCCCCUCUGAGCUCAUCUGGCGGCCAGACAUUGUCCUCUACAACAACGCCGACGGGGACUUUGCGGUGACGCACCUGACCAAGGCCCACCUGUUCCACGACGGGCGGGUGCAGUGGUCGCCGCCGGCCAUCUACAAGAGCUCCUGCAGCAUCGACGUGACCUUCUUCCCUUUCGACCAGCAGAACUGCACCAUGAAGUUUGGCUCCUGGACCUACGACAAGGCCAAGAUCGACCUGGUGAGCAUGCACAGCCGUGUGGACCAACUGGACUUCUGGGAGAGCGGCGAGUGGGUGAUCGUGGAGGCCGUGGGGACCUACAACACACGCAAGUAUGAGUGUUGCGCCGAGGUGUACCCCGACAUCACCUACGCCUUCGUCAUCCGCCGCCUGCCGCUGUUCUACACCGUCAACCUGCUGCUGCCCUGCCUGCUGCUGUCCUGCCUCACCGUGCUGGUCUUCUACCUGCCCUCGGAGGGCGGCGAGAAGGUCACCCUCUGCAUCUCCGUGCUGCUCUCGCUCACCGUCUUCCUGCUGCUCAUCACGGAGAUCAUCCCGUCCACCUCGCUCGUCAUCCCGCUCGUGGGCGAGUACCUGCUCUUCACCAUGGUCUUCGUCACGCUCUCCAUCAUUGUCACCGUCUUCGUGCUCAACGUGCACCACCGCUCGCCACGCACACACUGCAUGCCUGCCUGGGUGCGCCGCGUCUUCCUGGACCUCCUGCCCCGCCUGCUGCUCAUGCAGCGCCCGGCCGCGGCCAAGGGCAGCUGCCGCCGGCUGCCCAUGCACGGGGGUGUGGGUGGCGCCCCGCGACCCUGGCCGCCUGAGACCCUGACAGCGGAGCUCCAGCCUCCCCACACCACUGCCGCCUCAGCCUCCCACGAGAGGCCCCCAGAGGUUGAAAAGCACAGCCCCUGCCUCUCCCCAGAGCUUGCCAAAGCCCGGUCCCCAAGGGUCCAGCACACACCCUGCCUCAGUGAGGCAGCCGAGGCAGCCGAGGGUGGCGUGCGGUGCCGGUCCCGCAGCGUCCAGGACUCCUCUGCCCCCAAGGAUGACGCCUCCCAGACGGUAGGCUGCCCAGGACCCCUGGCCCCACCCUCCUCAUGUGGUUGCACCUGCCGGAAGGAACUGCCCCCUGCAUCCCCUGGCCCCACGAUCAAGGCACCACCCAGACCCCUGCUGCUGUCCCCAGCCCUGACACGGGCGGUUGAGGGCAUCCAGUACAUCACAGACCACCUGCAGGCGGAAGACACCGACUCCUCGGUCAAGCAGGACUGGAAGUACGUGGCCAUGGUCAUCGACCGCAUCUUCCUGUGGGUGUUUGUGCUGGUCUGCUUGUUGGGCACUGUGGGCCUCUUCCUGCCACCCUGGCUGGCUGGAAUGAUCUAGACCCCACAGUGAGGGAGGCUGCUCGCCGCUGGACCCAGAUGCCAGGGGCCACCGCCUCCUGCUUGAGCGCGCGCAGGAACCACCCGACGCUGAGCAGGAGCCGCUGGCUU